AUGGUAUAUGAAAUUAGGGUUUUGGGAUUCACCACUUCAGUUUCACCAGCAGCCGCGUGGGAAGCAGAAGGCCAGAAGCUCAACCCAAAAUGCCUUCCCAUAAGACUUUCAUGAUCAAGAAGAAGCUUGCCAAGAAGAUGAGGCAAAACAGGCCCAUUCCGCAUUGGAUCAGGAUGAGGACUGACAAUACUAUAAGGUACAAUGCUAAACGCAGGCACUGGCGCAGAACAAAGCUUGGAUUUUGAGAGUGAAUUUGGGUUUCAUUGUUGAUGCUUGUGUCCAAUAUUUUCACUCAUGAGACACCAUUAUGUAUCUUUUUAUUUGGUUGAGGAUUUCAUGAUGCAACUGCAAUAUUAUGGCAGCUUUGGAUUCUGGUCAUUUUCUGUUGGGAAUUGUCAAGAACCAUAUCAGGAUUUUUGUUAGAAAAAUUCUCGAGUAAUUGCAGAAAUUUCCAUGCUAGUUACAACUUACAAGUAAAUAGACUUUCGGAGCUUUGGGCCAUAUUUGACACA